AACCCGGGUUUACAUUAUGCUAUUGUUUGGGAACUUGCUAUUUCCCGAAGGGACGGGAAAUAGCAUAAAUUUUAUGUACUUGAGUUUGCUCGGGGACAUUGAUAGAAUAAGCACAUAUAGUUGGGGUUCUGCAGUAUUAGCAUUCCUAUAUAGCUCUUUGUGUAAAAAUGCACAAAAUGAGCACUGUACAUUUUCUGGAUGUGCUUUUUUGCUUCAAACAUGGGGGUGGUGGAGAUUGCCGAGGCUAGCCCCAGAAAAUCCUAAUGACUACUCCUUCCCCUACGCAACUAGGUUCAUUACAACCGGACUGGAUUACAGUCUUACCCCCAAAAAUAAAAUUAUAUUUUAUCGUCAACUGUUGGAUCGUCUCCGAGCACAGGAUGUAUUACCACUAAAUCACUCAACUUCUAACUGAUUUAUUAAUGUCAUGCAUUCUCGAUAAAUAACAUAUUUACUUUUUUCUUUGCAGUUUAUUUGGAGGCCAUAUUUGGGAUUGGAACAUCAACCCAACCCCGAAGAUGCAGCUGUUUGGACAGCAAAAACGGCCAUAAUGCGGUUCACCACUGUGGAGAUGCACCAAAGUGACCGUGUCAAGCUUCAAUUCGGAAUGCAUCAAGAAAUCCCAGGCCCCCCAAUGUCUAUGGAACCUUGGCAUCUAAAAAAAGUCAGCCACCAGUGGUAUGCCCAAAAUUGGAAGGAAUUUACUAAGGAGUUUCGAAAAAUGUGGAAAGACCGUGCCCACUAUGUUCUACAAUUUCCGGUGGCGCCCAACGAAAUGAAGCCGACAAGGGAAUAUGUGGAAUGGUAUAGAGCAAAUACCAAUCCAGAAAUGAUUGUGUCUGACCCGUUCUAUUUGGACGAUCCCCGGAUGCAACAGCCAUAUUUCCAACAACAACAACCACCACAGUAUUCCCAACAACAACAACCACCACCUUAUUACCAACAACAACCACCACAACCAUUUUACCAACAACAACCACCACCACCUUAUUACCAACAACAACCACCACCACCAUAUUAUCAACAACAACAACCACAACACAUGUCCACCCCCCAACCAAAUCAACAAUACAUACCACAAACUCAAUCCCAAUACCAUGAAGACUACCAACAACAAACUCAACAUUCCCACCACCAUCAACAGUCCUAACACCUACCACAAUAUCAAUCCCCCUACUUCCACCAAUCCCAACACUUCCAACACGACAAUUUCCCAAGCUCUUCCAGUCCUCCACCUAGCCCCGACACGGGUAUACAAGAGGACUACCAACAGGACUACUACACACCACAACAAACAUUGCACUUUGGCCAACCCGAUUCAACCCUAAACUACCAAAGACCACAAUUCGAUGGCGCACCCAGCAGUAGUCAGUUUGUCCCACCGAGACAAAGCUUCGAGGGCGCAGAGGGGACCCGUCUUUCCU